UUUGCUUGCUACGUAGAUACAACAUCACCAUCUAUUUUUUCUUCUAGUGUUUUCUGCUCUACUAUUUAGCUAUCUUCCUCCAACAUAUAUAGUUUUGUUCCUCUUUCAAGUGAUUUCAUUUGACGCUUUGAGUUGAUUACUAGUUAAAUUCUUGCAUAAUUUGGAUCCAGGAAGGUUCACUAGGCACAGCCCAAAAAUUCCCUCUGGUCCAAGAAGGUUCAUUAGGCACAGCCCCAUCCUCUGGCUCUAUGGAAAUGACAUCUGAUUUUCGUCCUUGGGAUGAGUUAUUUAUAACAGACGCUUUUGGAAAUAUCUUUUCAAGGCUUUCUUUCGAAGAAAAAAUGAAUGUGAUCCCCUUGGUAUUUAAAUCAUGGCACCAAGGAGCAAAGAGACCAUGCCAUUGGCAAGAGAUAGAAAUUGAGGAUUGGAGUAGCAGUCAUGAGCCUGACCAAAUUGAUCGGAUGGUUGAAAAUAUGCUUAGGAUAAGCAAUGGAUCCUUAAAAAAGUUUUGUGUUUCUGGAGUUCAGAAUCAGAGAGUUUUGAUGUUGAUCGCGGAAAAUGCUGGAUCCCUCCAAACUCUAGGGCUGCCAAGAAGCAACCUAAGUAAUUCUAUAAUGGAAGAAUUUACUUCGAAGCUCAAAUUGAUAACUUCCUUAGAUGUGAGCUAUUGUAUCCAAAUUGGCUCCCAAGCGCUGGAGACCAUUGGCAAGAAUUGCAAGCAGCUCGAAGUGUUGCGACGGAACAUGCACCCAAAUGAUACAUUCGGCAAGCCCUUGAAAGAUGAUGAGGCAUUGGCAAUUGCCUCAAACAUGCCAAAGAUAAAGCGAUUAGAGAUGACCUACAAUCUGAUGACCAAUACAGGCAUUCUUCAAAUUCUGUCAGGCUGUCAUGAGCUAGAACAUUUGGACCUCAGGGGUUGCUCAGGUGUCAAUAUUGGCGAUAUCUUUGUCAAUGAGAAUCAUCCAAGGCUCCAGGUUCUAGGGCCUCACGUGGUAGAUAUCUACAUGGGGGAUGAUGAUGAAGAGGCCUCUGAUGCCUCAGAAUUGGAAGAUCUUAACACUCAUCUGGAGGAUUUUGCUGUAUACUCUGAUGGAGAGCUUCAAGUUGAAGAAGGUUGGGGGUCUAACGAAGGACCUGGAGGUUCUAGAUCUGAUGAGUCUUCUUCAUCUUCAUAAACCCUAGUAUUCCUUGUGAAUGGCUAGAUUUUAAUUUGCAUCUGGAUGUUAUGCACAA